CGGAUCAGGUUCCCCGAAAGUGCCUGCAGCGUCUCCUUACGUGAUAUUAGGACGCGUAUCAAGGCACUUGAAGGCAACAACCAUUUGCUAAAGGACGGUGUAGAUUGGAAGCGGACCUUGGACAAGGAAUUUCGUACGCUUAAGGACAAGAUAGAGAUUUAUGAAGGUUUUCGAAAACUCUCCCCCAGCCAAAGGAUGUCAUGGAGGGCUUUCGGAUCUACGCGAAGAGGUCACCACCACCAUCAACUCACCCAACGACACUCUUCGGGAGGAGAAUAGGAAGUUGUGGGCCAAGCUCGAUGACGUCUCCACCAAGCUUGAAGCAGCUUUGGCGGAUAAUGAUGGUCUACGUGCUCGACUGCAAGGUAUUGGAAAUAUUUUAUGCCACAGAAAUUGUCUAUUCAACAUAAUUCAGCAUGCACUACUGAAUUGGGAAAGGGUGUAUCGUCAAUGCCAAGGGAGGGCAGGAUGACUUCAAGCAUACAUUACGACCCCCAUAAUAAGAGUGUGUGUUCCAUAGCUGUACAGGAGACAUAGACGCAUA